AUGAGCGGAUAUGGCGAAUCUAUGCAUUCACUAAGAGAACCCGUUUCACCCUGCCCACGCCGCAGGUCUCUGGCGUCCACCCCUUUGGAAAGGCAGCGCUCGUACUCGCGCGGGGGCAUGGUGGGUUCGCCGGUCCCUGAUGAUAUGUCUUUUACGCUGUCGCCGCUACCGUAUUUCCCCAAACGGACCCGUAGUGUUACAUUUGAAGAAAGCGAUGAAGUCCCUGUACGUGAGGAGCGACCAUACUACUCAUGGGACGACCGACACGGUUUGUCGGACAAGCGAGGAUUCGACGAUAAUGGCGCAGCAGUAGCGGUACGAGACGGUGGGGAGGAAUGCCAUUAUGCUCGCAGUGGCGCUGCUGGGAGGCGUGAGGAGGGGGAUCAACGGUACCGUCCGUUUGUUGUGGCAGGCACAACAUUUAAAAUCCCACGCUCACGUUCUCAAAGUCGCCAACACCGCGAAGCUGAAGAAAAAUUGGCGAUGUCGACCUUUUCCUAUCCUGAAAUAAGGAAGGUGGAGGACUUCUGUACUCAACUAUUAAGGCCCUUAGAGGAAAAUGAGCCACCGCAGCGAGAGGGGUAUAGAGGUGCCCAUACAAAUGAAGGAGUUAAUGCUGGAAAUGAUGCGGGCCAACCACCAGAGAUUACUCCUAUCCGGAAAGCAAAAGCGACACUCAAGUCUGGGUUAAAGACCGAUUACGUGAGUCGUGCUAAUUGUGACUUACAGAGAACAGUCGCUGAUCAUUUGCCUCGCAGGAGGGGACGCUCAAAUAAAAGAGAAGCUUCCAGGCCGAAGGAAGAAGAAUCUGGAGAGGAAGGGUACUCCAUGGAGGCAAGCGUGGCACCGCAUGAAGCGAAACAAAAGACCACCAGAUGUGUAACUACUGCAACUCCACAGUGUGGUGUCGGUGUAGGGGGCGCUUCGCGAAGGCGCACGCGGUGCGAGUCAGUGGAGGAAGGUGUUGUGCAUUCCACUACCCAAAAAUGCAUUCAUGUGAUAGAUAUCCACAACGCGGAGGAGGAAAUCAAAUCCCUUCCAACGGAAAUUACGGCCACUGUGAGUUGCGUUGUGAAGGGGCUGCUGGACGACCUUUCCAACCAGAGUUUCCCUAUUAUAAUUAAACCGUGCAAGAGCGGGGGACUGAAGCAAGUGGAGGUUCAUUUGGUUGAUGGAAUGGGUGACGAGGAACAUGGGGACUGGAUGCCGCAAAGGGUUGUGGCAAGUGCUCCGCAAAACCGUAAAAGGGCGCCACAGAAACGUGCAGCCGAAAGGUCUGUUCCGUCAGUCAGUUGUAAGAAAGAGUCAUCCGCCACACCUCUUGUUGCGCCUGAGGUUGUCCCUGUAGCAAAAAGAAGUCUUCCGCGUCCUGCUGCGCCUCCACUGAUUGAUGAGUUGAAUGGGGGUGAAGAGCCGGUGCUACUUCGCCGGUCUGGAACUAUGCAGAAACGGCCUGCUCGCUCCGUUUCCUACAUUUCAGUCGAUACCGAUGACAUGGCAGAGGCAAACGAAACUUCCGCCACUGUGCGACGACCACAAUCGGCUCCCAAAAGCACAACCACCACAACACGAAGGUGUCGCAAAGCAUCUGCCACCGCAGUGGAAGCCCCAACGUGUCAUCCACCGCUCAGUAACGUUACUCACAGCUCCCCGAUCCCGCCGGACCCAUUUUUGGCUACAGAAGAGGAUCUCGAAUCCAUUGUUGAGGAGCCUGUCACUCUCCGCCGGAACGGGCACCUCAACAAACCCACCUCUGAUUGGAAUAGCUUCGCUAAUGACGACUCCGACGUAUUAGACAAUUUUCUUGUGAAGUUCGUUCCAGAAAAUGCUGGUUUAAUGCUUGCAAGAGCUAACAUAUGCACGAGGAAGGGGCGUAGAAAAACCAGAGGAGCGGCGUUGAGCCUCCCCCCAAGUAUUGGGGGGAGAACGCGGUGA